CAAGAUCGUCUAUAAAGGUAUUGCCUUUGUCCAGAUAGUUUCAACGUGUUUUCAGCGACAUGGCGACGAUCAGUGCCGAUCCGGCUUGCCGUUUGACCGACUCGGCCAAGCCGCAGCCCCGCACCGCGAGAGAGGAACUAACCGCUCUUCUCCUCGAUUCCGACAUCAAUAAGAUCGUCGAGCGGAAACUUCGCUCGAAUAACUUUCGCGUUUUGCAUUGGAGUUUGGAUAGCUUGGGGGAGACGAAUGGUUUCUUGGGCUCGUACUACACGCUCUCGGUGACGGUGAAAAUCGACGACAAAUCGAAGCAUUUCAAAUUCUUCGUGAAAACACCGCCGCCAACCACCAGCCCGCAGUACGAUUUCCUAGCGAAUACCGAUGUGUUCAACAAGGAAAUCGUUGUCUACAGUGAGAUAGUGCCGAGGAUGGGCGUAGGGAACGGUUCCAAGUGGUUACCGGAUUAUUAUCUCGGCAAGAGUAACGUCAUAAUAGUCUUGGAGGACGCCAAGCAGAGCGGUUACGUUACCCCGGAUAAAUAUCAGCCCUUCGACGAGGAACACUGCAUUUUGGUGGCAAAGACGCUUUCCAUCUUGCACUCGAGGUCCUUGAUACUGGACGAGAAGCUUCGUCGUAACAACGGUCAAACGAUCUUCGAUCUUUACGGAGAGUAUCUGAAGGAAGUGGCUUUCGUCGAGGGCGAGGAGGUGGUGGAAAAGUACAUUUCCUCCUGCUUCAAAGGCGCGUGCACCAUAAUUGAUAUGCACGAGGGAUUGAGUUGCGACGAGGCGACUGUUAUUAAGAAUUGCGUAAACAAGUGGAUGAAGAAGUUGCCAGAGUGGGUGCAGUCGUCGGAGAAGUACAGGAACGUGAUGUGCCAUCGGGAUCUAUGGGCGAACAAUAUCAUGUUCAAGAGAGAUUCCGCUGGUAAGCCGAUCGGUUGUUAUCUGGUAGAUUUCCAAUUCUUACGGUACAAUCCACCGGCGUUUGAUUUUGUCAUCUGCUUUUACUUGUCGACCGAUCGCGCUACCAGACGUCGAUGUCACGAUUUGCUCCUCGACGUCUACUACGACACCAUGAAGGAAGAAUUGAGCGCGGAAGGUCUCGACGUCGAGGCUUGUUUGCCUCGUGCACAGUUCGUCGAGAGCUGCAAGGAUGCGAAAGUGUUGGCACUGACGUACGCGGUUACUAAUUUGCAAAUAAUGUUGCUAACGCAACAAGCCGCGGAGGAGUACUUCGUACGAUCGACCGAUCAACUGGAGCACGUCCUGUACGGUGAUCAGCGGCCCGACCUAAUUAAAAGUCAAUGUCGCAGCAAGAAAUCGUUUCAGUCACGUAUCACAGAGAUAGUGGAUGAAAUUAGAGAGUACCUGGCCGCUAAUCCAGACAAAUGCUAGCGGACGAGACAGGAAAACAGCGAUACCGGUUGUUACUGGAUUAUCGGUCGUUUGUAUCUGUAUCAUCGUCCGUGAUGAAAGGACCUUGGAAUUAGAUCACCGAAGAGGUUGCCCUUAUUUCGGAAUCUACGAUUCGCCAUUGUAUUAAAUCUCUGGCGAGGUGUGUUGGAGCUCGUGAGAAAGGCAACGAGGACCAAGAUCGAUCGAUGACAUCAGCUUAGGUUUUGCCAAGAUAUCUCUACCGGAAUAUCGCAAGGCGUUUAAUCUGGUAGCCUAAUUUCUUUUUUUACACACGAGAAUAGUCGUUUCUUUUUCUUUUAUUUUUUCGUAUCUUUAGAAAUUGUUACGCUGUAAUACGUUUAAUACAUGUUUGGUGUACUGUUACGUAAUACGAAUGUUGUAUACAAUAGAUGUUUAACGCGUGGAUAAUGACAGGAAAUAAAUCUCAAGUAAAUAGCUGUUUUUACGUUCCUGUACGAAUUACGUGUAUUCAUGAAGCACAAUUUUUAUAGUAUACUUUAGUCUUUCUAUGACAAUUGAUGGCAAAAGGUAAUAUAUUACGUGUGAACAAAUACAUAUACAAGGAGUAUUUUCCUUCCUAAUUUUAUUUCUCUCUUCUUCUUUCUUUUUCUCCUUCUCUUUGUCACGUCGUUUCAUCAUUUUUCCCAUCCCAGUUUUUCCUGACAGCAUUCAAUAGAUAUAAAGCGAACACCAUGUCAGCUUCAAUACCGCAUCGUUGUCCAUUUGGUAUUUAAAAUAGUCAUCGCUUUAAAAUUAUUCGUUGUCUUUCAAUGUGUUAUUUCCUCGUUAUGCAACAUUUUGAUGUAAAUAUUUUAUUCGAUGGACUUGAUGCCACGCAUGGCAGCUUUGUUAAAUGGAGAAUCGUUUCCACAAGAACUCAAAAUCAUUGUGCGAUACGAUGCCUUGCCAGCUUAAACGGCGCCAUCGUUCUUCGUUAGUCCGAACUUUGUCGUAAAAGGGAAAAGGGAUUACGGUCCGUAAUAAACUUUGUUGAAACCCUGCGAGGAAGGAUAGGAACUUUUAAUAUUUAAAGUAACUUUUCACUACUAAUCCUAACUCUUUACAGAUUCGAUACACGUCACGAUUGUCGUGAGCAAUCCUUUUCUGCAUGGAAAAAUAUGUGCCCGUACUAAUAAAAUAAAACAUAUUAAUCGGUUUUCUUU